AUGAAAGAGAGAAAGCCAAAUUUCAUACGAGAAAUACGUAUGCUGAUGUAUUCACUUGGGGAUACUAUGAACCCAAGACUUGACUCAGCAACCGUAAUCCACGACUAUCUCUGCCACUAUCUGACGAAUAUUCUGGAAAAGGCAAAAAAUGUAUCUAAAUGCAGAGGAAGAACAAAAACAGAUGAUCUUAUGUACACUAUAAAAAGAGAUAGAAGAAAGUAUACAAGGGCUAAGGAGCUUUUGGUGACCAACGAAGAGCUAAAGAAAGCAAGAAAGCCCUUCGAAUAUGAUGCAAUUGAGAAGGAAUAG